AUGCUGCUUAACGUGAGGAAUUUCUUCAGUAUUGCAAAACUAACAGGGACCAGCAAGCAGCUGCUGCGACAGUUUUGGUUCACUGCUGGCAAUUGGUGGGAACUUUCUCUGAUUAGCAGUGAUGAUAGAAAAGCAAGUUUCGAAAACAACCACAGGUAUGGGCCACCAGCUCAAAUGAAUGUUCAUCUGAAAGGUCGUGACCUCCUUACUCUACAGAACUACACAGCAGAUGAGCUGAAGUAUUUGCUGUGGAUGGCCUCAGAUUUGAAACAAAGGAUAAAGCACAAAGGAGAGUAUUUGCCUUUGAUGCAAGGAAAAUCUUUGGCCAUGCUUUUUGAGAAGAGAAGCACAAGAACAAGAUUAUCUGCAGAAACAGGAUUUGCUCUCCUUGGAGGACAUCCUUCCUUCCUUACAACACAAGACAUACAUCUGGGCACUAAUGAGAGUCUCACGGAUACAGCAAGGGUGCUGUCCAGCAUGACAAAUGCAAUCUUGGCUCGAGUUUAUAAGCAUAAUGAUCUGGACCUAAUGACAAAAGAAGCCACGAUCCCAAUAAUCAAUGGAUUGUCCAAUUUAUACCAUCCUCUCCAGAUUUUAGCUGAUUACCUAACUCUCCAGGAGCACUAUGGCAGGCUGAACGGGCUCACUAUUGCCUGGAUCGGGGACGGAAACAACGUCCUCCACUCCAUCAUGAUGAGCGCUGCAAAGCUGGGAAUGCACCUGCGUAUUGCGACUCCCAAGGGCUUUGAACCAGACCUCAGAAUAACUAAAAUAACUGAACAGUACUCCAGAGAGCAUGGUACCAAGUUACUUCUCACAACAGAUCCUUUGGAAGCUGCAGACGGUGCCAAUGUAUUGGUUACAGAUACAUGGAUAAGUAUGGGACAAGAAGAGGAAAAGAAAGAAAGACUAAAGGCAUUUCAAGGUUAUCAGAUUACAAUGCAGACUGUAAAAUCCGCUGCUUCCAACUGGACUUUUUUACAUUGUUUACCCAGAAAACCUGAAGAAGUUGAUGAUGAAGUAUUUUAUUCUCCACGGUCAUUGGUUUUCCAGGAGGCUGAAAACAGAAAAUGGACAAUUAUGGCUGUCAUGGUUUCCCUGCUGACAGAUUACUCACCACAGCUACAAAAGCCUACAUUUUGA